UACCUACCCGCCAGUACCACUGCUACCUUCAGUGUUACCAGCUUCUCCAACUCCGGAGCUUCAAUGCUUCCGUGGGCUUUUACUUGUACCCCGUAUGGCUCAGCGGGCAACUGCUUCACCACCAACAUUAUAAGGUGGUGAAGAGCAAAUGCGAAAGCACCAAACCAAUGCCCAAUCCCCUUCGAUAGAGGCCACAUAGAAUACCCAGAUAAACAAGCACUACUUUCGUAAACCAUGUCCGACGCCGCGAAACAGAGAAUCCAAGCCCUGGGAAACCAGCUCACUCCCACGCCUUCUUCUUCUUCCUCCCCUUCCACCUUCGAAGGCAUUCCUCCAAUCACCAAAGUCGCCGGACCCUCCGCGGGCCCUCGCGUCGCGGGCAAAGUCGUCAUCAUCACGGGCGCCAACUCGAUCCUCGGCAUCGGCCGCGCGAGCGCCCACCAGUUCGCCGAGAACGGCGCGCGCGCCCUGUACAUCUGCGACUACGACGACGCGCACCUCGCGACGCACAAGCGCGAGCUCGAGGCCCUGUACCCCGGCGUCGACGUACAUGUGUGGAAGUUCGACGCCGCGGACGAGGGGGCGGUGAAGAGCGUCGUGGGAGAUGCGCUGAAGACGUACGGGCGGCUGGAUGUGUUCUUUGCGAAUGCGGGGGUUGCGGGCCCGCAUACGGUGUUCACGGAGAUUGGCAAGGAGGACUUUUUGAAGGUUUUUGAGACGAAUGUUGCGAGCGUCUUCCUCGCAGCCAAGUACGCCGCGCCGGCGAUGCAGAAAACCUCACCCUCAAAACUCACACCCUCGGGCAGCAUAAUCGGCACCGCCUCCGUCGCCGGUCUGCGCUCCAACGCCGGGUCGACGCCCUACUCCGCCUCCAAAGCCGCCGUCGUCUCCCUCGCGCAGACCCUCGCCUACCAGCUCGCGGGCACCGGCGUCCGCGUCAACGCCUUGUGCCCGGGGAUCAUUGAAACGGGGAUGACUGCCCCGGCGUACGAGAUGGCGAGGGCGAGGGGCACGGAGAAGAAGAUCGGCCAGCUGAACCCGCUGAAGAGGGGGGGUAGAGCCGAUGAGAUCGCGAGGGUGGCGCUGUUCUUGGGGAGCGAUGAGGCGAGCUAUGUUAAUGGGCAGGCGUGGGCGGUUGAUGGGGGGUUGAGUGCGGGACAUCCUUAUGUGCAGGGGAAGUUGAGCUAGGCUGUCUAGUUGGGCUUGCAAAAUCUUGGUCGUAUGAGGAUGCAGGGAGGCGAGUGAGCCUUUGAAGAGGAGACAUUCAUACUCAGGUACCUACCUAAGCACUUAUGUGCACGAUGUCUACCUAGGUACAAAAGCGAGGGUAUUCUGGAAUCUAGGUAUAC